AUGCUGAGGUUCGUGCCUUACAAGUCGGAUUCUGACGCCCGCAGUCGCCGAGCUUCUCAACGUGCUUGUGAGAGAUGUCGGAAACGCAAGAAACGCUGCGAUCAUGAGAAUGACUCUGACGGCCGUCAUUCAGAAAGCCUGUCCUCAUCGUCCCUCAAAAAAAGAUCAGCUAAAGUUCCUCAACAGACGUCUAGAGAGACAGCCUCAACUUCAAACAAAAGAACCCGGCAUGGCUCAGGAGAGAAUCAUGCUUCUUCCCCUCUUUCUGAAUCUGCAGACGAUUCAAGACGCAGCUCACGGCAAAGUAGGAACAUCUUCUCAGAAGGAAAUGGUCCAGCAAGGACUUUGGAAGAUGAAUCUCGCUUCGUUGGAGAUCUGAAUCCCGAAGCAACCUUCCUCGCAGCCACAAGUCCUACAACUACUAUGGCUUCUACAGAGACCGAUAGCAUUGGCGUUUGGAUUUCGCAUAAAUCACCAGCAAAAUUUACCAAACGAAAUCCGACGUCUGUGACAGACCAGCCUCGCAGCAGUUCCGGUAAUGCGCCCGACUUAGGGAUCCCGAGGCUUUUUACGUCCCAUCUCGAAGACGCCUGUAUGCGGCUGCUGCCCGAAGAAUCCGACUUUCAAUCCAUAUAUAAGAUAUAUCUCGAGGAUAUCCAUCCGAUAUUCCCUGUUAUCGAUCAAGGAGCAUUUGAGUCGACGCCUGCAGGCUCACCAGACGGUGUUCUCCUAAGACAAGCUAUAUGUCUAGCAGCUAGCGCAAAGCCCAUGGCCAAGGAUUUCCUAAAGUUCGACUCGCAGACGACUUCCUUUUCGUCGAGGACUGAAUUUAUACGAGAAAUCGUCUUCGCCAUCCGCACAUCGCUGAAUCUUGGUCUUGUCAAAGAUAAACUGGUUCUCAUCCAGGCCCUCUCGCUUAUGGGCUUGUUCACGCAGUUUGCGGAUGAUCGUGACCUGUCUGCCGAACUCACGGCGAGUGCAAUCAGUUACUGUCAUACCACGGGACUUCAUUUGCGAAGCAAAGACAAUAAUACUGGAUCUCUAGCCUCUGGGAGCCGGCUUUUUUGCUGUGUUUGGGCCCUGGAUAGGCUCAACGCUGCGUUUCACGGCCGACCGGUUUUGAUGCACGAGAGAGACUUUGAUAGGGACCUCGAGACCUGCUUCUCUGAGCAGGAGCCUUGUUUCCAGCUCUUCCUGAGGACUGUCCUUCUCCUCGAUAAAGUUAUCAGUCUUUACCGGCCGGAAAAGGAAGCUGUUGUUCCUUGGGAACAGGACUUUCCUCUAUUUGAGGAUCUGGUAGAGAGAUCUAAUGCGCUGAGCGUCAAGUCACGUUUACUAGCUACGAUUGAGAUGCUCUAUCACUCUGUAGCAAUGCUGUCAUGCCGAACGAAAUCUCUGCAAAAACCGCCGCAGUCAUCGAUUUCGUACUUGCGUCAGAGCCUUUCGGCUACCAAAGCUACGUCAAUUGUAUCCGAAGACUUCCAUGGCCAACUAUGUAACCUCCCUAUCGUUCCGUAUGCGAUCUCGCUUUCCCUCCGAGUCGCAUAUCGUGAAUUGAGGCUGAGUCGAGCUCCUAUGCUCCGGAUGAGGGCUAGAAAGCAGCUGUUGGUCAACUCGACCAUCCUGCGAGAACUCGGCGACAUCUUCUGGUCCGCUACAGCAUUGGCCAACCUUGCAGAACAGACCGUCCAGGAGAUGGACAAGGUCUGCUCGUCUCUAGUCCACACAACCCAGCAGCAACAUGCCGCGGUUGCCGCAAAAUCCACAACGGAUAGUACCAACCCACACGGGGUAAUGUCUCCUGCCGACAGUUCCACGUCCCAGGAGAGGAGGACGACAGACGAUCCGGAAACAGCCUCCCAGAUACAGGGUCAAUCCAGGAACAAUAACCAGUUUCCUCCGCCUACCACUAGAGACCACCAAAAUAUCACGUCUCACGACCUCGAUUUCGACGACAUUGACCUCUCUGUCUUUGACAAUAUGCCCACAGACUUGGACGUGUUCGCCCAUUUCGAUCCCGAUUUCGACCUCAGCGCUGUUGAUGCUACGAUCGGCGAGAGCAUCACACCGCUCCUUCCUCUCGAUUUCGAGUAUCCGGCCAGCUAG